ACGCUCGUCCUUUUAUGACGUCAUCGGGAAGACCGCAGAUGGAAAGAUGGCUGCGUUUCGCUGUCGGCGAGACCCGUGCGGCUUUAUUUGUCUCAUUUUAACUUAUUUCAGCGUCUUUUACGCCGACUAUGUUGUGAUUCAGUAUGUCCUGCUCCCCGCGUAUUCUGGAAGUGUAUGGUGCACUCUCCAUGGAGCUGUGUUUAAUAUUAUUUUAUUGCUGUUGCUGGCGUGCCAUUCAAAAGCAGUGUUCUCUGAUCCUGGUAUGGUUCCUCUACCUGAGACAGCCAUUGACUUCUCAGACUUGAGGUCCCAGUCCAACCGUCUGAAUGACAGAGGCUGUGAGGGCUGGACAGUGUGCAGUCGCUGUGAGACGUAUCGGCCUCCUCGAGCCCAUCACUGCAGAGUUUGUCAGCGCUGCAUCAGGAGAAUGGACCAUCACUGCCCAUGGAUCAAUAACUGUGUUGGAGAACUCAAUCAGAAAUACUUCAUUCAGUUCCUCUUCUACACAGGCAUGGCCAGCUUGUAUUCCAUGGCGCUGGUGGUGUCAGCAUGGGUGUGGAGAAUAAGGAGCGAAAGAGAGGGAGAUGAAGAUAAAGAAGGAGAAGAAGCUCCCAGCAAACAUCUCAUUGUGGCACAUUAUAUCAUUUUGCUGGUGGAGUCGAUACUUUUUGGAGUUUUUGUCUUGGUGAUAUUUUAUGACCAGCUGGUGUCCAUUAUAACAGAUGAGACGCCCAUUGAACAGAUGAGGAACAGACUAAUGAAAGAUAAACCCAACAACACCCACCCAACACACAUUACACACACAAGAAAGCCCAAAAUUGCAUUGCUGAGGGAGGUUUUCGGACGUGGUUCUAUAAUAUGUUGGUUGUUCCCACUCCAUUCCUCCCCACCUUCUGUUGGCGGCAUCAGUUAUUCAGCACUUCCUGAUUACAAUGUGUAACACUAACCAGUUUUCCAUCGGUUCCUUUGAACGUUUCAUCAGUAUCGCAUCAUGUGUAGGACACUGAAUAUUAUGUUACUGAGGUGCAAAUUCAGCUAUGAUGAAGGAAGAGUGCUGCUGUGUGAGUGUGACUUCUGCUUGCUGCUUCUCUCACACACACACACACACACACACACAUACAAAUACAAGGUACUUCUACAAACCUGGAUCUUUUUCCUUUCUCUGUUCAUCUAAAUGAUUUCUCUUCAUGUAACCCAGGACAUUUAUUGGUUUUAAAUUUUUUAAUAUAAUAUUAAUUAUGAGGAUUAGUCAGUUUUCUCUCAUUAGUAUCUUGUUUAAAGUUACUGAAGCAGUAUCUUAACCUGUAACCAGUAUAUAUUUUGUUACAUAACCAUUGAUUGGCUUUAAUGGACAUGAGGACACACUCGCAAGGUCAGCUAUGUUGACUUUAUUUCAGGUAAAUGCAAUAGGAUGCACCAUCAUUCAUUUUGUUAUUAUUGUGUGUGUUUGAGUACAUGGACUGUACUCCAUUUUACAUAAGGAUUGUAAAUAAAGAUGUAUUUUAUAACUUUAAUUUCUGACAAAAGUGUUGCUGCAUUUUCAGGGUACUGGACUACUUUUGUUGAAGUGCUUGGUUUUGUUUUGUUUGAAAUGUUAAUGUUUUUGCUGUUUUAUGGACAGCUUGAGGUAUGUGUGUACAUUACAGAUGAACAUGUAUAUUGAUAAUGUUUAAUUUGAUAUUUAUUGUAAUUUAUCUGUGGAUUGUUUGUGUCUAAUGCUGCUCUGA